AGACGGAUACUGGUCAGACUGGUUUCAACAGCUUUGACGGGUUUCUUCUACACCACUUCUAGACCUAGAAUAGGGGAGAAAUUGUCUAUGAUGAAGUACGAUCCGAAAGUCAAACGUCAUGUUCUGUUCGUAGAGCAUAAGAUCAAGUAG